ACAAGCCUCCUUCACAUUACCAGAUGUGAACACAUUGAGGAAGUGAAUUGUCAUUUGCUCAGGUGUACAGUUGUAACAACAACGAUCGCCAGAUCAUGAACUUGCUUUUGGUAUCAAUGCUAAUUGUGCAAAUACACCGCGGACUGCCUGUGACAUACUCGCUCAAGUAUUUCCACACUGCGUCCUCUCAAGUUACAAACUUCCCAGAUUAUGUCGGAGUGGUUUAUAUUGAUGACAUUCAGAUCGGUCACUAUGACAGCAACACAAAGAAAGCAGAAGCCAAACAAGAAUGGAUGAAGAACUUUACAACAGUGGAUCCAGAGCACUUUACAUGGCAGACAUAUUUAGGUAUUCGGACUGAAGAGAAUGACAAAGCGGACUUGGAACGUUUACAGAAGCGCUUCAACCACACUGAAGGUCUUCACAUUUACCAGAAGAUGUACGGCUGUAAAUGGGAUGAUGAGACUUAUGAAACCGAUUAUUGGAGACAGUACAGUUAUGAUGGAGAAGAUUUUUUAGCGUUAGACACCAAGACAUGGACAUGGACUGCAGCAAAACCACAAGCUGUCCCCAUGAAACACCAGUUGGACGAAGAUCGAGAUCUUAUGGAGAACUUAAAGUCUGGCUUAACUAGACUCUGUGUUGAUAACUUGAAAAGUUAUCUGAACUUUGGUAGAGACAUCCUAAUGAGAACAGAGCUUCCAAAGGUGUUUCUCCUCCAGAAGACGCCGUCCUCUCCAGUCAGCUGCUCCGCGACAGGUUUCUACCCCAGCAGUGCAGCCUUGUUUUGGAGGAAAGACGGCAAGGAGCUCCAUGAGAACGUGGUGCAUGGAGAAAUGCUGCCCAACCCUGAUGAAACCUUCCAGAUGACGGUGGAUCUGAAAGUGGAGGUGACGGCCGAAGUGGAGGGCAAGUACGAAUGUGUGUUUCAGCUGUCUGGUGUCAAAGACGACCUGGUCACCAAGCUGGAGAGAAGAAGCAUCCUGAGCAACGCAAGCGAUGAAGGCAAUGUGUGGGUCACCGUCGGCGCCACGGUGGCGGUCGUUGCGGUGAUCCUCGCCAUCAUUGUCGUAGUCGCCGUGCGUCACAAGAACAAACAAGCCAACUAUGAUCCAGCUGCUGGUGACGAGGAUACCUAGCGCUCAGAGAACUCAACGGAUGAAAGCAGUCGGAACACAGAUCUUUUGAGCACUGGGACACAGAGCGACCACUGAGGAGCGUGGUCACACUUAAAGACGAGAAGGAGAUGUGCUUUGCUCAUCAUCAAACUGCUCCUCGUGUUAUACGGUCUCUUUUUUUUUAUGUUUAUGUCUUAAAAAACGAGUUACGAUCAAAUAUUUUUGCUGCCUUUGGUGGGAUCACUUGCACUGUAACACUUGGAUACUUGUACUUAUGUCUUUUCAUUUUCGUACACAGCUCUGUAAUUCAUUGGCCAAACGCUAUGCACCUCCCAAACACUAGGGGGCGAUUCUAGCCAUUUACCCUUUGUCAACCAAGAGGGAAAUACAACAUGUUAAUAGCAGUAACUGGUAGAAAAUGGGUCAAAUUGAUAACAUAACUUUCUACAGCUCUUACAUACAGACAGUAACUUAAAAAAGGAACAACUGUAUUAUCUACUACCAAAAGAAAAGCCAGGAUACAUCAUUGUGAGUUGAACUCUCACAUAAGAUGGCCAGAUCUUUCUAUUUGAAAUUUGAGGCAUUGGUACACUUUUAUCUAUAAAGCCAUAAUUGGGCUAAUGACCUCUUACAUGUGCAAGAUAAUAGCACAAAGAAAUGUAAACUUGUAGGGCUGUGAAUCUUUGGGCACCACACAAUUUGAUUCAGAAUUGAUUCUCGAUUCAAAACCAAUACUUUUUUUAAUAACAUUAGAUGCCGGUUCUAUGAUUAACUACAUUCCUCCAUAAAAUAAACAGUUAUGAACAAUGUAUAUAUUACAUUAAAGAAAUGUGUUUUUGUUUAAUAAAAUUCUACCCAAACAUUUAAUGAAGUCAAAAAUAAAUAAGGUAAGAUAAGUAUCCCACACUUUUCUAAAUUAAAUCUGUACAGUAGAUAUGAUCAUCUACAUCAGCGAUCCUCAACAGGCGGACCGCGAUCCAUGUCCGGACC